AUGAAUCAUUUUGAAUGCCCUGGACACUUUGGCCAUAUUGAGCUGCCUGCCCCAGUCUUUCAUCCUUUGUUCAUGAACCAUGCAUACUCGCUCUUGCGCGGUACUUGUUUGUACUGUCAUCAUUUUAAAAUUUCGAAGAUGGCACUCGCUAAAUAUACUGCGCAAUUCCAUUUGCUCGAGUAUGGACUUGUGGAUGAGGCAGAAAGAAUCGCAAAUGAACAGUUCCGUGGUCCCCACAGUGCAGGUGUCGAUGUUGUUGAAGAAGGUGCAAACGAAGACGGCGACGAUGACGACGACGAGCCAUUAGCUCAACUUCAGAACGACAACCAGCCAGCUGAGACUGUCGAUGAUUUUAUCAGGCGAAUUCGUCAGGCUGUGCAUAGAUUAACAGCCCAGGCCCGGAAAUGCGGUAUCCGCCGGAAUGCUGACAAGGGUAUGGCUACAUACUCGGCGCGUCGAGAUUUGCGUAAUCUUUUUCUAAAAGAUAUCAUGCGCCGUCGCUGCGAGCGAUGUCAGGCGAUCAACCCGACUUUGCGGAAAGAUGGUUUUGUCAAAAUAACCGAGCGUGACUUGUCAGCUCGAGACCAUGCUAUCCAUGAAGCUCGCGGCAUCAAGCGGCAAAAUGUGUUGAUGGAUCGAGCGUCGACCAUGACUGUGCGAGAUACAAAUGGCCAAACUAUAAGAGCAGCUGGAAAUGAGCCUGAUUCAGAGAGCACGAUUGAAACCGCUAUAACUCUGAAAGAGGCUCGUAAACUGAGCAAAGAGGCUGGCGAUCACACCCGCGUUGUUCCAGCAAGCGAGUGCCGGGCCAACUUGCGCCGUUUGUUUGCAAAUGAAAGCGAAAUCUGUUCGCUCAUUUUUGGACGACAUCCUAUGUUUGGCAGCACGCCGGCACCCAGUGCUGAUGUGUUCUUUCUAGAGGUCAUUUGUGUUACACCCACCCGAUUCCGUCCCGCUAGUGUUAUGGGUGAUCAGACGUUUGAAAACCCCCAAAAUGAGCUCUUGACCAAAAUCUUGAAUACUGCAUUUUUCGUUCGUGAUUGUAAUGAGCGUGCUCAAGUGUAUCAAACAAAGGCGAAUUACCCUGUUCUUGAUGAAAUGAACGAGCAGCAAGCGAUAACUGCGCAAAAACAAUGGGAGAUGGAUCGUCGUGCUGCUAUGGACCAACUUCUUUCUGCCAUCAUGCAGCUCCAAGUGAGUGUGAAUUGCUAUAUGGACUCGAGCAAGAAUCCCGCACCACAACGGCAAGGCCAAGCCGCCACGCCGGGUGUAAAGCAAGGCUUGGAGAAAAAGGAGGGUCUCUUCCGUAAGCACAUGAUGGGCAAGCGAGUCAACUUUGCUGCACGUUCUGUCAUUUCGCCCGAUGUAAACAUUGAAACUAAUGAAAUCGGUGUGCCACCUGUCUUUGCCAAACGCCUGACAUAUCCUGAGCCGGUUACAGUACACAACUACGAACUUAUGCGCCAGCUGGUGAUCAACGGCCCCGAUGUUUAUCCAGGUGCGCAUGCUGUUCGUGGAGAAGACGGUACAGACACACUUCUUAAAAACCUGAGCGUCGAAGAGCGGACUGCGCUUGCAAAUCAACUGUUGACGCCGCAAGGGCAAACGUCGAGACAGGCGCGUGGCACGUUUGGAGGCAUUGGUGGCACACUUCGCACGCCUGUCAUCAACAAGCAAGUCUUGCGGCAUCUACGUACCGGCGAUAUUCUUGUCAUGAAUAGACAACCAACGCUACACAAACCAUCCAUGAUGGCACACCGCGCACGGGUUCUGCAAGGCGAACGAACAAUCCGUAUGCAUUACGCGAACUGUAAUUCGUACAAUGCUGACUUUGACGGUGAUGAAAUGAACAUGCAUUUCCCCCAAAGUCAAAUGGCACGUGCUGAAUGCUAUAAUAUUGCAAAUACGGACAACCAAUAUCUCGUGCCCACAAGCGGCAAUCCUCUUCGUGGUUUAAUCCAGGACCAUGUCGUUGGUGGUGUGUGGAUGACGUGCAAAAACACUUUGUAUACUCGGGAUGAGUACCAGCAAUUCAUCUUCGGAGCUAUUCGUCCAGAAACGUACGGCCAAGGCGGACGCAUUCGAACGCUCCCUCCGGCGAUCUUAAAGCCUAAGCCUCGCUGGACGGGUAAGCAAGUAAUCUCAACAAUUUUAUGCAACGUGACGCCUCCUCAUGCUCAAGGACUGAACAUGGACGCUAAGGCUCGUGUCGGCGCCAAGUACUGGGGUGAACAGCACAAGGAAGAAGAGAUGGUCGUUGUGCGUGAUGGUGAGCUUCUCACUGGUGUGCUGGACAAGUCUCAGAUCGGUGCAUCAGCCUAUGGUCUGGUUCAUGCCGUUUAUGAAAUUUACGGAGCUGAAAGUGCGGGUCGUCUUCUGUCAAUCUUUUCGCGCUUGUUCACAAUGUGGCUUCAGCACAAUGCUUUUUCGUGUCGUAUGGACGAUUUGGUGCUCAGUUCUGAGGGCGACGCAACGCGACAAAAAAUUCUCAAAGACGGAGCCACACAUGGCCUUGAGGCUGCACUCAAUAAUGUUGGUCUUGGUGAUGGAGAUUCAAAAGCUCCUGAAACACAUCGUAAUCUCCGCGUCCGUUUAGAAGAGGUAUUGCGUGAUGACAACAAACUUGCAGCUCUUGAUGCAGCGAUGAUGUCUGCCUCAAACAAACUAACUUCUUCCGUCAUUUCUUCGUGCAUCCCUUCAGGCCUCUGGCGCGUAUUCCCUGAGAACAACAUGCAGAUGAUGGCUGUUUCUGGAGCCAAGGGAAGCGCUGUGAACGUGUCCUCGAUUUCGUGCUUGUUAGGACCGCAAGCGCUUGAAGGCCGGCGUGUGCCGGUCAUGGUUAGUGGUAAGACGCUUCCAUCGUUUAAAGCCUUUGAAACUGCAGCACGGGCGGGCGGAUUUGUCGCAGGUCGCUUUUUGACGGGCAUUGCGCCGCAGGAGUACUACUUCCAUUGUAUGGCUGGUCGUGAAGGUCUCAUUGACACGGCCGUGAAAACGUCCCGAUCUGGCUACUUGCAACGCUGUCUUAUCAAACAUCUUGAAGGCAUCUCGGUACAGUACGACCAGACUGUUCGAAACAGCGAUGGUUUUGUACUCCAAUUCCACUAUGGUGAAGAUUCUUUGGACGUGUCUAAGAGCAAGUAUCUCGAUCGCUUUGAUUUCACGAUCCAAAACUUUGAAAGCUAUCGCCGGCGCUACAAUCCUGUACAGCUGGAAUCGACGAUGGAAGUUGAGAAGGCUCCUGACUACAUGAAGCGUGCACUCAAGAAACCUUACAAGUAUGCUCCUGUCAUGUCCGUAUAUUCACCUGCACGCCACUUUGGCUCCAUGUCAGAAACGUUCGCGCAGAAGGUUGAGGAUUAUGUCUCGAAAAAUCCUCGCGCGUUACUUGCUCGCAAAAAGAAAGACUCGGCCUCUGAAGGAGUACCUAUGCAGCUCGCGCAUCCGAAAUUGAGCACCGAGGCUUUCCGAGCGAUGACAAAGGUGCUGUAUCAUCGGGGAUUGGUUGAGCCAGGAGAAAAUGUAGGGUUGCUGGCUGCUCAGGGCAUCGGUGAACCAUCAACACAGAUGACUCUUAACACGUUCCACUUUGCUGGUCAUGGCGCAGCAAACGUGACGCUAGGCAUUCCUCGUCUACGCGAAAUUGUCAUGACAGCGUCCAAAGAUAUCAAAACGCCAGUCAUGAGGCUACCUAUAUUGGAUGGCGUGACGAAUGAGCAAAUGCGCAUAUUCUGUAAAGAUGGAAGUCGUUUGGUGUUGAGUCAAAUUAUUGAAGAAGCCACUGUGACUGAGCGUAUGAUGCCCAAGACUCCUGCCAAUGGUUACCAGCGGCAAAAACUGUAUACAGUUCGAUUGCAAUUCUACCCGGCGGAUGAAGUGAAACAAGAGUACAACGCAUCAACUGAGCACAUAUUGAGUGGUCUUGAAGCUACUUUCGUACCAUUGGUCGAGCGCGAGAUCGUUCGUGAACUAAAGCGCCUGCGUCGUGAUCAAGUACGCCAGUCACAAUCAAUCGGCCGUGGAGAAACCUUCAAUGAAAGCAUGGCAGAACGUGAUGCUGAUGUACCUAUAUAUCGAAACGCAGCUGCGAAUGACAGUGAUGACGAGGACGAGCGGCUGUCAGAAGCUGGUGAUGAUGAUGACGACGCUACCGCAGCCAAGAGACGUGCCAAUGCUGGUUCAAAGGUAUCCUAUGAUGACGCUGCUGAUGCUGAGGAUGAUCGUGCCAAGGAUACGACUGAUGACAUUACGCGCGCUUUUAACGAUGCUGACGACAUCGAAGACGGUGAUGAACAAGCGUUGUCCGCACAGAAAGACGUUGGCGACGAAGCCAUUGAUGCUCGUGUAACCGAACUCGAUGAACGACUUCAGAAUGAGAGCAAGUUUGUCGUUUCAUUCCGUUUCGACAGUGUGGCUGGUGCAUGGGCAGAAUUUGAUCUUCAAAUGCUUAACAGCACGGAAAAGAUGCUUCUGAUCAAUGUCAUUGAGCGGGUCUGCCGAGCAAGCGUUGUGCAUGAAAUCCCCCGUAUCAGCCGAAUCAUGAUUCCUCCACCUGUUCCUGGCGAUCCAUCUGUGGCUUUGACUGCUGAAGGAAUCAAUCUCCCCGGCAUGUGGGACUUUGGUUUCGGAGUUGUCGAUCUUGAUCGCAUCUACUCAAAUGAUAUUGGUGCACUGCUAUAUUGCUACGGUGUUGAGGCCGCUCGUGCUGCUAUUGUCAGUGAGCUGAAAGGCAUCUUCGACACCUACGGUAUUGGCGUUUCAAUGCGCCACAUGUUCCUCAUUGCUGACUACCAAACGGCAUUUGGUGACUUCAGACCAUUUAGCCGAGGUGGCCUUGCCGACGCACCUUCUCCGUUGCUUAAAGCUAGCUUCGAGAUGACAAUGGCAUUCCUUAGCGGUGCGUCUUUAUUCCAAGAGAUGGACGACCUUACUUCACCAUCAAGUAACAUUGUUGUUGGCCGACCUGUGCGCUCAGGAACCGGAGCUACAACAGUCCAUUUGCCCCUGGCGGCUGCUGCCUAA